AUGCGCUCGGCCACUAUAGCCGCGUUGUGCGCUCUGAGCGCUCUCCUUUGUGUCACUCUGGCCGCACCAGCUGUUGAUCAGAUGGAACCGGCAAGUGAAAACAUUCCACAAGAAGCUGUUGAUGCAAUUGUUGAAGAGAUUGAAGAAGAGGAAGAAGGAUUGGAAGAGAGAGAGAUGGGAAAAAGAACAUUGGCAUUGGGAAGAAUGGGAUUCCGACCGGGAAAGAGAAGUCUCGCUUUGGGAAGAGCUUCAUUCAGGCCUGGCAAACGAUCAGUGGCAUUGGGACGAAUGGGAUUCCGUCCGGGAAAGAGGAGUUUGGCUUUGGGAAGAGCUUCAUUCAGACCUGGCAAAAGGAGUUUGGCUUUGGGUCGAGGACAUUUUCGCCCAGGAAAACGGGCUUUCGAGAUCACUCCAGAGGAAAUUGGCCUCAAUGUGAUCUACCCA